GGACAUUAAAUAGGAGACAAAUAAUGCAAUUUUGGUCUUAACUUAUUUGUGCACUUUUUAUAGCUACAUACAAGCUCUGCAGGGUUCCACAGAGAGGUGAAGUCCUAAGGCAUUGGUCAGACUGGUGUAAUCCCACUGAAGUCAUAGGCUUAACACCUGUAGCUAAUUUACUCCUUAGCACCGAGUUGCCUUCAAAGCCCUGAAGAUAAGUGUGAAAACCCCAUCAUGACCAGAAGCUUUGAAGCUGUGCUGCAGGCAGGAUCGGGGGAGUCCUGUGCUGAUUAAAACUUCCUUUUAUUUUUUUUUUUUAUUAUUUUUGUGAUUGGGUUUUGUCAGGUGUGCGAGGAGCAGAAGUGCGAAGAAGAGGUCUUCCCCUUGGCCAUGAAUUACGUGGAUCGUUACCUGUCCUCAGUCCCGGUGAGGAAGAAUCACUUGCAGCUUCUGGGGGCAGUCUGCAUGCUCCUGGCUUCCAAGCUGAGAGAAACCAUGCCCCUGACCGUGGAGAAACUCUGCAUUUACACGGACAACUCCAUCACCCCUCAGCAGCUCCUGGAUUGGGAACUUCUAGUCCUGGAGAAGCUAAAGUGGGACCUGGUCUCAGUGAUAGCAAAUGAUUUCUUGGCUCCCAUCCUCCAUCACCUCCCGCUGCCCCAGGACAAGGUGGAGCUGGUGAAGAAACACGCACAGACCUUUAUCGCCCUGUGUGCCACAGACUACACCUUUGCCAUGUACCCCCCCUCCAUGAUCGCGACGGGCAGCAUCGGGGCGGCGAUCCACGGCCUGACGGUCUCCGUGAACAAUUUCACUGGCGAGGCCAUCACUGAGCUGCUGGCCAGCAUCACGGGCACAGAGGUGGACUGCCUGAAGGCCUGUCAGGAGCAGAUCGAGGCAGCUUUAGCCGAGAGCCUGAAACAAGCAUCCCAAAGCCAACAGGAGUUGAGCACCGCCAAGACUGCUGCGUACCCCGCCAGCCAGCCCACCAGCACCCCCACAGACGUCACGGACAUCAACCUGUGACCGGCCUCCCCUCCCCGAGAGCCCCCCCGCCAUGGCAGGACAUCGCCCUGGACACCGGGAACGGCGCUGCAUCCCCUUCCUCCUCCUCCUCAUCUUCAGCCUCCCCCCCCCUCCUCUCCAUCCCAGGAUUUGUUCCGCUCGCUGGGAGCGCGGAGCAGGCCGCGGGCUGGGAGCGGGCAGCCGGGGUGCAGCGACCGUUCUGGUGGUGGCAGGGCAGGAGAAUGGCUGGGGGAGGGAGAGCAGGACCCAAAAUGAAGUUGUCAAAACGUUUCUCAGUUGGUGUCACAGGGUUGGCUGCUGAUCGCCCCCCGCCCUCCCCAGGGGGGUGUUGUCCGAAAUGACUUCCAGCCCCACGAGGGCCACCAAUCAUGGAUAACGAGCCUCUGACCCUCACCUGUGACCAAAACCCUCAUAAUCCCCCCCAAACUCCCUCCCCAG